AAAAUCUCUCAUUUCUCAUUUCUCUCUCUCUCUUUCUCUUUAACAAUCUUUCUCCUUUCGUUAAUCUCGUGAUCUUCUUCUUCUAUUUAUGGAAAGAGGAUGGUCUGGUCUCACUCUUGAUUCAUCUUCUCUCGAUCUCAUAAACCCUAAUCGUUUCAACAGUAAUAAUCACCGCCGCUUUUCCAAUCCAUUGACCAUGUCUAGAAUUGACGACGACGAUGAUCAAAAGACGAAAAUAUCCACCGCCAGAAACGAAUUUAGGUUUCCGGUGAGUCUCUCCGGUAUUCGUGACCGUGAAGAUGAUGCUGGAGACAACGACCGUGAAGUUCCUGGCGAAGUGGAUUUUUUCUCCGAUAGAAAAUCUAUAGUUUGUGGUGACGAUGUUGACGACCCUCGUGCUCGUGUUAAGAAGGAGGAACAAGAUGAUCAAACCCACGUAAAUACCGGUUUGAAUCUUCGUACUACGGGUAAUACCAGAAGUGAUCAAUCAGUGGUCGAUGAUGGAGAAUCUUCCGAAAUGGAAGAUAAGCGUGCGAAAAAUGAGUUGGUUAAGUUACAAGAUGAGCUGAAGGAAAUGACCAUGGAGAAUCAUAAGCUUAGAGAAUUGCUUACACAAGUGAGCAACAAUUACACUUCACUUCAGAUGCAUCUUGUUUCACUAAUGCAACAACAACAACAAAACAAGGUAAUAGAGGCUGCUGAAAAGCCUGAGGAGACGAUAGUACCAAGACAAUUUAUCAAUCUAGGCCCUUCAAGAGCAGCUGGCGAGGCUGAGGAUGUGUCGAAUUCUUCAUCUGAAGAAAGAACUCGUUCCGGUGGUUCUUCUGCGGCCGAGAAGCGUAGUAACGAGAUUAGGGAUGGAAAGAGACUUGGGCGUGAAGAAAGCCCCGAAACCGAGUCUAAUAAAGUUCAGAAAGUGAAUAAUAGUAGUCCAUCGACUUUUGAUCAAUCCACUGAGGCUACGAUGAGGAAAGCUCGUGUCUCGGUUCGUGCCCGAUCAGAAGCUCCCAUGAUAAGUGAUGGAUGUCAAUGGAGAAAGUAUGGCCAGAAGAUGGCUAAAGGGAAUCCUUGUCCGCGAGCUUAUUAUCGUUGUACGAUGGCCACGGGUUGUCCCGUUCGCAAACAAGUUCAACGUUGUGCGGAGGACAGAUCGAUUCUGAUAACGACCUACGAGGGAAAUCACAUCCAUCCUUUACCGCCAGCCGCGGUGGCCAUGGCUUCCACGACCACCGCCGCGGCUAACAUGUUGCUAUCCGGGUCAAUGUCUAGUCACGAUGGGAUGAUGAACCCUACCAAUUUACUAGCUAGGGCUGUUCUUCCUUGCUCCACAAGCAUGGCUACAAUCUCAGCCUCCGCACCAUUCCCUACCGUCACAUUAGACCUCACACACGCACCUUCGCCUCCUAAUGGCUCUAAUUCCUCUUCUUCGACGGCCGCUGCUACUACCAACAACAACAACCACAACUCAUUGAUGCAGCGACCUCAACAACAUCAGCAACAACAAAUGACGAAUUUACCUCCGGGUAUGUUACCUCAUGUAAUAGGUCAGGCAUUGUAUAACCAAUCCAAAUUCUCGGGGCUGCAGUUUUCCGGUGGUUCUCCGUCGGCGGCUGCUUUUUCGCAACCGACCGCGGUGGCUGAUACAAUAGCGGCGCUCACAGCUGAUCCGAAUUUUACGGCGGUUCUUGCAGCCGUUAUUUCUUCUAUGAUCAAUGGUUCGAAUCACCGUGACGGCGAAGGAAACAACAAAAAUCAAUAGUAACAUAUUACAAUUGUUUUGUUAUUGUUUUUUUUUUACAUCUUCAUAUUUUUUUUUCAAGUGGGUUAUAGGAAACAGAGUUUAUUUCAUUGAUUCAUAUUUGUUCUGUUUCGUACCAAACUCUCAGUAAAUAUACAAAAGAAAAACAUUUUUAUUCGAAUAAUAGUAGCUGUUUAUUUUGUAAA